AUGUUGAAAUUUUAUUUGAAACGAUUUGCUAUAUUUGCGACCGUUCUAACUGUUUUGGUUAAUAUUUACACCUACACCUACCCUUCUUUAGACCCUGAAAAUUGUUCGUGGCAUUGUUUCGAUAAUUCAAGGUUAACUACUUUACCAUCAGAUGGUGGAUUGUUUGAAAAAUUGGAUUAUUAUAUUAGGCGUUAUUCUGAUGACGUUAUCAAGACGUAUUGGACUUCUGAGACAGCAUCACCAAAUGAUGAACAAAGGGUAGACGAUGUUCAUAUGAUGGCAUUAGGUGAUCCACAAAUUAAAGGUGUCUGGCAUAAUACUCCAUACAUUUCUAGAUUAGACACCUUUGGUAAUGAUUACUAUUUAGGUCACAUUUUCAAAACAAUGAAGAAAAGAUUAUCUCCAUCUCAUGUUGUUGUAAUGGGUGAUUUAUUCUCUUCCCAAUGGAUUCCAGAUUCAGAAUUUUAUAAUAGAACAAGAAGAUAUGUCGAUAGACUAUUUAAUAGAGAUAUUUCAUUAAUUGAAGAGAUUAAAGAGAGUAAUCAUGUUGAAGAAAAUGAAAAUUUGUUUGUUGUGGAUUGGAAUAAGUGGGCUGACAAGUUCAAUGAUGAUUUAGAAGGUAAUAGAGAAAAUUUCAAUUUUGGUUAUAAGGAUGUCAAAUCCUGGUCUAAUGAUGAAGAUUAUCUCUUUGUGAAUCUAACUGGGAACCAUGAUGUUGGCUAUUCUGGUGAUGCUACAUAUCAACAUUUAACAAGAUUCAGUACCCUUUUCGGUAAGGAUAAUUUCUGGAUUGAAUAUGAUACGGAGACCGAUCAUCCAUGGAGAUUAGUUGUUUUGAAUGAUUUAUUAUUGGAAGGUCCAGCUCUUCAACCUGAAUUUAUUGAGUAUGAUUGGGAAUUCCUCAAACAACUUGUAAAUCAAAAUUUCACUGGUAGUACGAUAUUAGCAACACAUGUUCCAUUCUUCAAAGAAGAGGGGCUAUGUGUUGAUAAAAUAGAGGUUAAUUACUAUCCCGAAGUUUGGGAAAAAGAGCCAUACAAGGCAAAUUUGUUAAGGUCUCAAAACCAUAUAAGUGAAAAUACUACUAAUAAAGUCUUCGAUAUGAUAUUCGGGAAUGGGAAACCAGGUAUGGUGUUAGUAGGACAUGACCAUGAAGGUUGUGAAGUUAUCUAUAAUAAAUUUGAAUCAAAUAAUACUUGGGUUGCCACCAAAGAACCUCUUGCAGAUGCUAAAUACCAUUUACAAGAAAUUACUGUUAGAUCGAUGAUGGGAGAAUUUUAUGGUAAUACAGGUCUUGUAUCUGGACACUUCAAUGAAACAUCCAAAGAAUGGGAAUGGAAAUUUACACUAUGUCCAUUUUCCAUUCAGCAUGUAUGGUGGUUUUCAAAGGUCUCUGCCAUUAUCACUUUAUUGGCAUGGUCAACAUUAGUUGUUCUUUAA